GUGGUUACAAUUCGACGGCACCUUAAAUAUGGCUUCAUCCGAUAUCUCCGGAUUCAGAAACUUAACGAAAUAUCCAACUUUUGACCUCAACAUUUAUUGGAUGUUUGCGUAGAAGAACAGGUCGGGUCCGGUUGAUGGGGUCGAGUCUUUUUAGCCGAGAGGACUAAGUUAAAAUAAACAAGAACAACUGAUUCUCUUUUAAUAGAACACGAAGCCGAAGACCUAAAAUAGUUUACACCGCAUGAGGGCGCUGUUCAAUUCAGCGAUCCAAGAUGGCAGCGCUCAUGAACAACGUGUGGCUCGGCACAGAAACAGGAAUAUUGAAAGGUGUGAACAUUUGUAAGAAGAUUGCAACCAAUUACAGUGACCUGAAAACACUGGACAAAGAGAAGGAAAUCACAGCUAUAUGCUGGACCUCAGAAGAGGAGCAAGAGGUGCUUACUGGUUUGAGAAAUGGGACGGUGCAGACAUUUGACCUAGGGAAAGGUGAAUUUACAGAGCACAGGGAUUGCAGCGGGGCCAAGGGGGUGUUCAAGGGUCUGGCAACCUAUGAUGACGCUCUCAUCACAUGCGUGGAAUCGGGGCUGCUCAAAGUAUGGAGAGGGAUGGACAAAGAGGCGACGGAGAUUGAUGUUGGACCCAACAUCUGCAAGAUGCGACAGAAUCCCGCUAAGAGGAACGUCGUGGCAACAGGAGGCAAAGAAAAUGAUCUGAAGGUGUGGGAUCUGCAUGACUCAGAAAAGCCACUCUUCCGAGCAAAGAAUGUUCGGAAUGAUUUCCUGGAGUUGCGGGUGCCUGUGUGUGUGAAUGAUAUGCACUUCAUUCCAGAAAGCUCCAAGAUUGUAACCUGUACGGGGUUUCACCACGUACGAGUAUAUGAUCCAAGCACACCACGCAGGAGACCUGUGCUGAGUGUUGAGUUUGAUGAGUACCCGCUCAUGGCCAUGGGUAUCACACAAGGGGGAAAUUCUAUCGUUGUUGGCAACACGCAUGGGAACAUGGCACACAUUGAUUUGAGAAAAGGCCAAGUGCUUAGAGCAUACAAGGGUUUCGCCGGCAGCAUCCGCUCUAUUGAGUGUCAUCCGAGUCUCCCCUUUGUCGCAUCCUGCGGUCUGGACAGAUUUCUGAGGAUUCACCACAUACCCUCUGGCACUUUGGAAAAUAAGAUCUACUUGAAGUCUAGACUAAACUGCUUGAUGUUUUCCAGUGCCAGUUUUGACACUGUGGACCCAGAGGAAGUUGUUAAGGCCCAGGAGAAACCUGUGGGACCAGUUGAUGAGGAAACUGAGACCAUCUGGAGGCAGAUGGAAGAGGUCACAGAAAGGUCACCUAAGGUCAAGAGAAAGGUUGCAAAGGAUUCCACACGGAGUGCUGUGAAGCGGAAAGCCCAGGCAGAGACAUAAACGGACAAGACAGCAUGCCUGCCAUUUACAAACGGAUUAUGGACCAUGCCUGUAGAACUGAUGCUCAUUACAUUAUUUAUAUUUUGGAAGACUGCAUUCUCCUUUUAAAUGCCGUAUCAGGGGUAUCCAUUGAGUAGAAGCAUUGAGUUGUCCCUCUUUGACCAUAAUGAGCUAGUUGUAAAAUUCUGGGAAGUGCCUGGCAGGCAGAUUGUUUUGAAGAGGAAGGGGUCGGGAAAGGUUGGUGUCAGAAUCUGAUCUUAGAGGGCAGCGUUUGUGGUAUUUUUAAAUUAAAGAAAGAAGCUGUGAAACUUCCUCCAGUGUCUUGGGUAGAUAGCAGCUUUUUUGGUCAAAAGGGUGGGUGGGUAUUAAGCUGUCAAGAGAAAAGGUGGAAGUGUCUCUUCCCCCUUCUAUUGACCUAUUUUAGGAAGGACAGCCUAAAGAGGAAGGCGUACUCCCAAUGCCCUUCCCAUCCUGUCCCAUCCCAUCCCCUGGUGAAUAUUAUUAAAUAACAUUAGUGUUCAUCCCCCAAGCAAGCCUUCAGGUGGCAGGCAAAACUGGCACUGUCAGUUGCUGGUAAUUGAAGGAAAAGCCACAUUUUUGUUUGAGGAAUCAACAGUGCUUAGGGGGAAGAUUUUCCCAGGAGUCUUUUAAACUGACUCAAAGAUUACCAUUUUAGCCACGUGAGGAAUCACAUUGAAAUUACCAAAUCAGGUAUAAAAUGGACUGAGACCAAUUAUUAACAUUUAAAAGUUGAUAUGACCAUAGAAUAGUUCAGAUCGUAUUAAAAUUGAUAUUCACCCAUGGAAGCUGUCUUUCAGAUUUAAAAAACAAAUAAAAAAUAGCAGUUGUUUGGGGAAGGACACGUCUCCGUCUGCUGUUGGCCGCCACGACAUCUGCAAAGGUUUAGGCCCGUCGUGAAAAUAAAGGGAAAAUAUGCUGCUUUAAAACAUA